CCUCCGCGAGCCCCCAUGGCGGAGGCCGGCUCGGUGCUUUCCCCCGAGGCGGAGGCAGAGGAAGAGGCCGACGAGGAGCUCCUGCAGCUGGAGACGGAACCGCCGGCCGUGGCGGUUUCCGGCCGGGCGGCGCCGACCGCUCCCGGCGGAGCCGUUCGCCUCCUCGCCGCUCGGGAGCCGUUCGAGGCGGCCUGUGAGGAGGACGAGGAGGAAGGCGACGGCGAGGAGUGUGAGCCGCUCCUGGGCGCGGCGUCGGGCCGGGGCCGGAGGGCCCGUGAGGGGACAGGAAAUGUCGCAAGCAUUGCCGAGAUGGAUUUCUUUGUGGAUGAUCCCGAAUUUGCUGAAGUCAUGCAGCAAGCGGAACAAGCCAUCGAAAGCGAAGUCUUCCCGGAGAGAAUCUCCCAAGGUUCCAGCGGAAGCUACUUUGUCAAAGACUCUAAGAGAAAAAGUAUUGGCGUGUUUAAACCCAAAUCUGAAGAGCCUUACGGUCAUCUCAAUCCGAAAUGGACCAAAUAUUUCCACAAGAUCUGCUGCCCUUGCUGCUUUGGCAGAGGCUGCCUUGUUCCUAAUCAGGGAUACCUCUCGGAAGCUGGCGCCUACCUUGUGGACAGCAAACUAGGAUUGGGAGUGGUACCCAAAACGAAGGUUGUCUGGUUUGUAAGCGAGACGUUCAACUACAGUGCAAUAGAUCGUGCCAAGUCGAGAGGCAAGAAAUACGCUUUGGAAAAAGUGCCAAAAGUUGGCAAAAAGUUUCACCGCAUUGGACUACCUCCUAAGGUCGGCUCCUUUCAGCUUUUCGUGGAAGGUUACAAGGAGGCUGACUAUUGGCUCAGGAAAUUUGAAACCGACCCCUUGCCUGAGAACACAAGGAAGCAGUUUCAGUCCCAGUUUGAGAAACUGGUCGUGCUUGAUUAUGUUAUCAGAAAUACUGAUAGAGGCAACGAUAAUUGGUUGGUGAAGUAUGAAAAACAGAGCGACGGGACGGAUCUUUCUGACAAGGAGAUCCAGUGGAUUAAUGAAAAGGAGCCUAUUAUUCAAAUUGCAGCAAUUGAUAAUGGCCUUGCUUUUCCUUUCAAGCAUCCGGAUGAGUGGAGAGCAU